AUGAAUGAGGCAAUUGGCCAAAGGCCAUCGGUCAGACCACUCAGCCUCUACUCAACAGGUCCGAGCUGUGCUGUGUUGGACCUCAGCAAGAGCACAGAUGGAGAGGCCACAGCAUCUGCAUCAGCUGGGGGUCCACACAGCUCAGAGGGUUCCACAGCAGAAAGUUCCCCGGAAAUGUCUCUGCAGAUGCCAGGGAGGAAACGCAGGAGUGAUGGGAAUGCAGCAGAGGCGGUGAAAGAAUGGUGCACAAACCUGGAGAAGAGGCAUGAGGAAGAUGAUGCCCGAGACGCAGCCUGGCUGAACCACUCCCAGCAGCAAAUGGACAAAAUGCUCGACCUGGUCGGCAGACUCGUUGACCACCUUACAAAGUGA